UUGAUGAGAGUGUGUUUUUGUCCGAUAGCAGUGAUCUGUUCUCUUAAAUAUUCGCUGAAAAAUAGGAGGUAGUGGUCCCGCCUGUAUAUACAAUACCUGUAGGAGUGUUUCCCCUGGUAGGUUCAAGAGGCGUUUCCCUUUUGGGUUUCGUCUGGGGGGGGCUUUAAAUAGUGUUGAGGUACGGCGGUUAGAGCUUCACUUUCCCUUUUCCCUAAACUUGCUCGAGAGCACUUCCGUGGUUCAGGGGGGUUGCCGAUUAUCUGGUCGCCUCUCUCGGUCCAGCGGGCUUUAAGUGCAUAAGUACCCACCGCUACGCCUCAUGAAGACUAGGGGGGGAGUUAUGUAGUAAGUUUGUGGUUAGGAAGUCAGCUAGCGGGGCUGCUCAUUCCUACUGUGUGCACAGGUGGGCUAAGAAAAUUGCAUUUCCUCUGUGUAAAUAGCUAUUAUUGGGUAGAUAUGGAGGAUGUUGUGGGGGCGUUUGUGGCUGCACCUUCUGAAGGUUUCUUGGAUCAGUGCACCAAGGAUCAAUUGGUGAACGUAGCUCAGUAUUAUGGGUUUGAAGUUGGCGAUAAAAGAGUGAAAGAGUCGGUGAAAAGCGAAUUUGAGGGCUUGUUUGUUGAAAAGUAAAGUGUUUGAUACGCACAAAAUAAAUGGUGGGUCAAAGUGCAGUUUUGAGUUUCGAGCAACAGAAGGAGUUACUCAGAUUACGCGGAAAAGGAGUUGGCCGUGGAGAAGAUGCGACAGGGCAUUGAGCUGGAAAGAGCGGUGUCCUUGGAGAAAUUGAGGCAGGAAACUGAGCAGGCUAAGUUGGAGUUUCAGAGGGAGAAACUGGAAUUAAUUAGAGAGGGCAAAGUAGCGGCUGAUGUCCUGUUUCCUGAUUAUUCAGCUAGUCAAAGCGGGGCCCCAGGGAGGUCAGUGGAUGACUUAAAUGAUUUGAAGUUGGUUCCCAGGUUUAAUGAGAAGGAUCCGGAAAAAAUGUUUUCAAUGUUUGAACGUCUCGCAGGUGUAAGGGGGUGGUCUGAGGCCACUCGCGUGUUAUUGUUACAGUGUGUGUUAACGGGGUGGGCUCAGGAGGCUUAUUCAUCUUUAAGUGUCAGUGACUAUUUGCACUAUGAUUUAGUUAAAUCUGCCGUUCUCAGGGCUUACGAGCUGGUGCCUGAAGCUUAUCGUCAGCGGUUUAGGAAUUGGAAGAGAGGUGAUAAAUCUCACCUUGAGUUUGCUCGGGAUAUUUCCACCCAUUUCGAUCGCUGGUGUGCGGCAACUGACGUUGAUUCUCACGGGGCGUUGAGGGAUCUCGUUAUUUUGGAGCAAUUCAAAAAUUCUGUACCGGAGCACAUUGCGGUGUAUAUCAGUGAGCACGCAGUCAGGACAGCUGCUGAAGCUGCUGCAUUAGCAGAUGACUAUGUUUUGACACACGUUGGUGGAGGUGCUGCCGUACAAGGCAGUCACGAUGGAAAUUCCUUGGGUGUGGGAGCGUGGUCUGGUCGUCCAGUGAGACCUGCUGGGCAGGUCAGUGGGUAUGUACGUGGUGCACGUAAGCCUGACAAUGUGUGUCAUUACUGUCAUGAGCGAGGGCACUGGAGAAAAGACUGCAAUGCAUUUAGGGCUAAAGCUGAGCAGGAAGGGACUAGUGGUAGUCCCAGGCCAGCAAUGUUCGUGGCACCUUUCGCUGAGCAGGUGACUGGGCGUUUAGACGGUGAGUUGAAACCACAGGAGUCUAGCCCAGAACGACAGUCUUAUUUGCCUUUCAUGACUGAGGGGUUUGUUUAUCUGGUGGGGAACAAUGAGAAGGUGCGGGUAAAAAUAUUACGAGACACGGGAUCAUUUGAUUCGUUCAUUUUGGCAUCUGCCUUACCAUUUUCAGAGGACACAUACAUGGGGUUGUUCAUUCCGACACUUGGAAUCGGAUUAAAUGUUCUUCGGGUGCCUCUCCAUAAAAUGAUGCUGUGUUCGGAUCUGUUUCAAGGUGAAGUAGCGGUUGGCGUGCGGCCCGCUCUGCCCAUAGAUGGGGUCACGAUGAUACUGGGUAACGACAUUGCAGGUAGUCGUGUGUGGGCUGAUGGGGCACCUCCAGCUAUUAUGGCGCCAGUGCCCCAGGUUAUUAAGCCAGACAAGAGCGAAACUGAGUACCCUGACGUGUUUAAAGCAUGCACUGUGACACGGGGAAUGAAACGUGGGCAGACAGAGGUCAGGAGCACAGCUGAAAUCGAUGAGGCCUCACCGCAGCAUGGGGUGACGUGUCUCGAGAUUCCCUGGUCGGUUUCUCACGCUGAGCUGGUGGAGGAACAGCGUCCUGAUGCGUCGCUGGAGGGUCUAAGGGAGAGUGUUCUUCAUGGUGGUGAGGUGAGAGGUCGUGCUCAGGGGUAUUCGCUUCAGGAGAGUGUCACGUAUUUUGCUGGCGAACCGGUUUACCAGGUCGGGGUGUCUUCCAGGUUCCGGAGCAUGGCGGGAAAGAAAAAAAGAAAAGAAAAAAAAAAAAAGGGGAAAAAAAAUGUAACGCGUUAUAGUUAGCUGAACUAGUCACUGACUUGUUUGUUUUUCUUUGUUGUUGUGGGCGCCAUGUUCUUUGUGGGGUGUUUGUGUGUAGGUACCAGGGUUCCGAUGGGGACCCUGAUUUUAUGGGGGGGGGGGUAUGACGGCCCCAGAGCCUGUGUGCAAGGUGUGUUACAGGUCUUACGGUGGGGUGGAGCUGAAGAGGCCAAUCAGCACGAUCGCGGACACCUGGCCGGCGCCGAGGUGCUAUUAAGCCCAGCUGCCCGGAGUCACAUGGCGGUCCUGACUCUCUCCAAGCCGGCCGCAGGAGGAGUAACACGGCGAUCCUUUCCCCUCGUCUAUCCAUAUUGUACAUUAUACUGAACAAUCGCAAUAAAUGUGACGUGGCUUUUGGAAACUCAUGUACGUCUUGUCAUCUUUCCGUUGUGACCUACGAGCCGGUCAUAACAAUAUAUAUAUAUAUAUAUAUAUAUCUGUUUGUUUAAGGUGUCUAGGUGAUGCAGACAGGCUGGACCAGAGAGUGAGAGACAGAACUGGACUCCUCACAGCAGUGAACUUCAGCACGGGAAAGGACAUGCCUGAAAGACAGGACAUUUUCUCCUUCUCUGAGGGUCAAGAAGAACAUCCAAGAGGAACACUAAAAGCUGAUGUUAUGAGAUUUUAAGACCAGUACAGGACAUUCACUAAGAAACUACUUUUAUUGUGAAAACACAGUCAGCUGAUGAAAUGCACCUAUUGUUACAACCCGGCUCGUGGGCUGUAACAUAAAGCAGGGAGGCGAGACGAGAGGUAAGAAUAAUAUAGUUUAUUAGUUUAAACACCACAAACUAAAACACCAGCAUCAGGUCCCCGAAGCUGGCGCAGAGAGAGUGCCCAGAGGAGUGAGAGAAACGUAACCGGCUGGGCUCCUCCUAUAUCCUGUUUCAACAGGUGUAGCUCAUCCGGCAGGUGCGCCUCAUCAAACAGCUGUAGCUGGAACCUGCAAUCACACACAAAACACACACACAACCAGACGGCACCCCACGCGGUGUGGAGGGGUCGUCACACUAUUUCCACAUCUACACUCCAUCAGCUGAUUAUUUCUAUUUGCCUCACUUUAUGAGCUUCACAUCACCUGUGCCUUGUACCGCAGAGUUUGCAAUGUCACAAAUAAAUCGGGCCAAUCUUCAGUCAGAUGUGAAUGUGUAAUCUAACAUUUUCAGUAAGAAUAAUGGACAAAA